UAGGCAGCGAGUUGGCUGAGUUAUCAUCGUCGUGGUUUGUUACAAUUGCUGGAAAAGAAUUGAAAAAAAAAACAUACUCUGAGUAUUAUUUAAAUAUGCGUGGAAUGUGCUUGAACAUGCCGCUGGCAACGAUGUUGUUGUUGUUGUUUCUCUCGAUGCUGCUGCUGGGCACGCACUUGACUGAAGCGGCGGCUGUCAACGACGUCGACGUCGCUGCAGCAGCUGUUGACAAGGAUGUGGCACCAGCUGGUGGCGUUGUUAAAACGGAUCUGCUGUCAUUGGAGCAGGAAAUUGGCGGCAAUCCGGCGGCGACACAAGGCGCUCGACGAGCUCGUUUCUUGCUGGGAUUGGGAGUGGGAAUUGGACCAGGACUUGGACUGGGACUUGGACCUGGCUAUGGCUAUGGCUAUGGAGGAUAUGGUGCUGGCUAUGGCUGGGGUUAUCCUUCAUAUGGGGGCUACUAUGGCUCACCUUACUACGGCGCAGGAUAUUAUCCUUAUAAGCAAAUUAUUAUUGGCUGA